ACCUCAUGUAAGAGAGAUUGACUGGAGGGCCCGUGCUCAGCAGAGCGGGCUGUAGCUUCUUCCUGCCCCCUGCUGCUGCGUGUCUGCAGCUCCUCCCACCUGCAGCAGCUCAGCACCCAGCUGCACUUCAGUUUUCACUCUGCAAGGAGCCACAGAGAGAGAUUCACCGCUGCAACACCAAUCCCCCUGCUGCAGAAAAAACAAUCCAAAAACAUCAGAGCCACCGAAGAAGUGUCUCAAUAUGACUGCUUUAUUUAACCAACCACUGACGCUGACUUAGAGAUGACUGUAUGAAGCGGUGAUCAUGUUCAAACUGUAGACACAAACUUAAAGCAGUGGACAAGCAGCAGCAGCCGUCAUCAUGAUCGACCUGAGCUAUCUGACCGAGGAGGAGCAGCAGAGUAUUCUGGCUGUGCUAAGGAGAGACGCUGAGCUGAAGAAGGCAGAGGAGGAGCGUGUCCAGAAACUGCAGAGGAAGGUCAAUAACAAGGAUCGGCUGAAGCACAUGACUGGAGAAUGGUUCUAUGAGACCAAGCAGCUUCGCCAUCAGGAACGCAUCCAUGGAUCUGACAUCAUCAGGGCCUCCAUGAGACACACACAUAAACCCAUGACUUUAAUGGAGAUUUCAUCCCGCGUCGUACCAGAGAAGCCCAGUUUUGUCAGAAGUGAGAAUAAAGAAGUGUUCGUCCCACCCAUUCUCCGUGGAGUCCUUCAGGAGCCCAGCAUAGAGCUCAGCAAUGAAAGUGACAGGAGUGAAAACAAGAGCCCUUCUCCAACACCUGAAAAUGAACCUUCGCUGGUUUUACAGUCGCCCACAAAGGAAAGGAAAAACCCGUUUGAUUCUGAAGUCAUGGAAAGUUUAAUCGCAGAAGAACUGGACGGGGAAGUAAAUGAAGCCAUGACUCAAAAUGAGGGGCCUUUAUCAUCAUGCGACGACUGCUCAUCUCAAAUUGAUGACCCGUCAGGAGAGAGGCAAGCUACCUCUGCUGCUCCACGCAGCAUCCUCAAGCACUUGUCACCUUCUAGCUCAUCAGCCUGCUUGUUUCCUCGCCUGGACCAACAGAGCCCAGUUAGCCUGGAUUGUCUCUCGGAGACUUGGAUAGACAGGAAGCAGGUGAGGUUUAGCUCCAUGGUCAUUCGAAGCGGGCUGGAUCUACAGGAUGGGAGUGAGCUGGGGGAGCACAGCUUGUUGGAUGUCGACUUUGCCAUUGCCUCUGAGGACGAACACAACAGUGACAGGUCCGCUACAGACCAGUCUAAUGGGGGCACUCACGGAGCAUCUCUCAGGAGUCAGGUGAACCUCCUGGAAGAGGAACUCGGCUACCAAAAUGAGGCAAUCAUCCUCACAAGAGACGUUGUCUCUGGUCUCUGUUAUUUGGAGUUUGUCAGCCCUGCUGAGUCUGGGCUCUCUUGUGCAGAGCAGGAGUCAGAUAAGCCUGUUCCCCUGGAACCAGGACCUGAAGAGGACCUUGAGUCAACUAUAGACCUGUCUGUGCAGAGCAGUGACAUUACUGCUGAUGCCAACUCGGAUUCCACGUCCUCACAGCCAGCACAGAGAUUGCUUGAAAAGAGAGAGGAAGAUGAACAGACACAGAAAGAAGAAGUACAUAUAUCUGAACAGCAAGAACCAGACAACAACCAUCUUAUCUCCCAAGAUGUUGAAGCUACCACCAAUGAAAACAAUGAAGGUGUUGAACAGGAAGCUAAAGUCUCUGAGCUGUCAGCGGUCAGAACACUCCAACUCACAGUGAUGCAGAACACUCCCUUUGAAGAAUCAGUGACCCCAGUGGAUACUGACAUUCAGCAUCCAGAGAGACUGUCCAAUCUAAAGGCCUUCUGGGAGAGGGAUAACAGUGCUCCUAAAAUAGUGUUUGCAAGAGAAGAGGCAGGAAACAAAGAUAUAAACAAGACAGGAAUAGAAGCUGCCUUUGACCCUAAGACUAAUUUAGAUGAGGAGAGCACAAACAAUAGUCUCUCACCUCAAAUGGAAAAUACUGCCAACACAUCCCAGGAGGAGUGCUCUUCACCGCAGACUGACUGUAGCCUAGUGGUUUUAUCUGAAGAAGACGGCACAUACAGAGCAAAUCCAGUCCUCAUCUUUGAAGAGACAGAGGACGCUUUAACGAGCUCCACAAGAGAACCAGACACUUCUGAGACACAGGAAAACAUGACCAUCCCUGCACAUCCUUCUUCACCUUUAAACAGCCCAAAGCAUGAGGAAGCAACUCCAGAUCCCACUCCUCAAGAGGACAGACGGGCAAGGAUAAGCGAUCUGAAGAACUUUUGGGAGAAGGAAGUCAUUAAAUCCAGGGAAAUUGCUGCAAAUGCCUCAAACAGGUUGUCUCUCCGUGGCAAAGUGUUUUCCCCUCAGUCUGAUCAAAGAUCAAUCUCAUUCAGCAAAGAGAAGUUUGAGGCAGAGGGACCAACAUCUCCAACUAAAAACAAUUCUAACACUGCCUUAAAGUCAUUAAAUGUGUCAGACAAGGGUUUUGUCAGUCAGUCUCCACACAGGUCACCGCUGAAGAGUCCUGGGGAUGUACCACCAAUAUGCCUCCAAAGCAGAGAGGAGGCUGACAUAGAAGCCCCCAAAGGGCCCGUCAGUCCCAAAAAAUCUAAAAUUCCAAGACCAAAAGACCAAGAUGAGGAAACCAGGAGAAGUCCAUCAAAGACGUGCCACCCAAGGGUCCUGCCGAGAGACACCUCCAGUCCACAUAGACCUAACCUGGAAGGCUCUCCCUUAAAAACCUUUCCAAUAGACAUUGAUCCCAAAACCAAGAAAAGUGAAGAGCAUCAAGAGAAGCCUACACCAAUGCCAAGACAGAGGAAGAGUCCCUCUCAUGAAGCAAAACAGUUGACAGAAACUCAACCCUGCUUGGACACCAUAAUUAGUAAUGUGAAUACUCAACAAAGUAGUUCAAAGUCUCCUUCACCACAACACAAGAAAACACCAGAAAAGAAGCUCAGGACCCUCACACGUCUUGCCAGAUCUAUCAUCCCUCAAGACUAUCAGCACUACCUCGGACCACAUGAGAAGGCUCACGUUCCCCCGUUUACCGAAGAGAGUGAGGUGUUACAGAGUCCACAAAAAGCUCCCAAAAACUCUAAAGGAAACUCGUGGGACAGUCCCAAAAAGAGCUCCUGCACUGUGCAAAAUAAAGAUGGAGACUUCAGCCAAGACAUAAUGACAAGAGCCUGCUCCCUGCCCCGACCAAGUUCAGGCAGUUGUGACGAAAUUCCUAGUAUCAUGGUGACAUCUGUAAAAGAGUUCUCUCCUAAGAGGAAGUCCCCAUUCAAAAGUCUAGAAACCCUCACCUCAAACAAAGGAAAAGAGAAUUCCCUGGAUAUCUCAAGGAAGCAGACAAAUCAGAGUGGGGAAGAUGUUUCUUCACUCCCAUCUUCGUCAGACUUGAAGCAUUUGAAAAGCUUUGGGUCAGAACCUGUCCUUCAGCAGGACGAGACUGACAGUGACAGCCCAUUUGAGACCUACCUGGGAUUAAGAAGAAACACGGGCAGCUCCACGUCUAACCUAAGUCUCUCCUCGGGGUUGGCCUCUAUGUCGUCUGUCAGUGGCAGCAUCAGCAGCAUUUACCCUGCAGACUUUGGUGACAUUGAAGUCCAGGGAAGCGUCCAGUUUGCGGUGAACUACAUCCAGAAGCUCGGAGAGUUCCACAUCUUUGUGGUGCACUGCAGGGAUCUAGCUGUGGCAGACACCAAGAAGAACCGCUCAGACCCGUAUGUGAAAUGUUACCUCCUUCCUGACAAAACAAAACUGGGGAAGAGAAAAACUGCUGUAAAAAAGAAAACGUUAAGCCCUGACUUCAAUGAAAUCCUCAGGUUUAAGGUCCCAAUGGAAAUGCUAAAAACUCAGAAUUUAAACAUCUCGGUGUGGCACAAUGACACUUUUGGGCGAAACAGUUUCCUGGGUGAUGUGGACCUGGAUCUUUCAGAGUGGGACUUCAGCAACACACAUAUAAAUGACUAUGCAUUAAAUUCCAGGGUGUCGGCACAGACUUCAUCACCAAGUCCCUCACAGCUGACGGACAGCAGAGGACAGAUAAGAGUCGCCCUGAGAUUCUUACUGCAGACGUCCCACAGUCAGGGCACAUCUAAGAUGGAAACUAGUGAGGUGCAGAUUUGGGUGAAGGACUGUAAGAAUCUUCCUGCAGUGAGAGGAGUUGUGAUCGACCCGUUUGUAAAAUGCACCGUACUUCCUGACACAAGCAGGAAAAGCAGACAGAAAACACGGGUCGUGAAGAGGUCGGCAAACCCAAUGUUCAAUCACACCAUGGUGUACGACGGCUUCCGAGCAGAGGACCUAAAAGAGGCCUGUGCUGAGAUCACAGUAUGGGAUCACGAUCGACUGAACAACCACUACAUCGGUGGUGUUAGGCUGGGGCAGGGGACAGGAAAGAGUUAUGGAGUGGACGUCGUGUGGAUGGAUUCAACACCAGAUGAAGCACAUUUAUGGCAGAGGAUGUUACAGUCUGAAGGGGAAUGGGUGGAGGAUAUUUUACCUUUGAGAAUGCUGGUGAUGGCAAAAAGCACGUCCAAGUGAGAUGGAACAAAAGUAUGCUGAUGGAUGGAAACAUUAUCGGAGCAUGCUGCAUGUACAUAUGGAUGCACUUACCACUUAACGUUAUGAGUGGAAUCAGCAGUCUAAAUGAACAUUACAUGAAUAUACAACUGAUGAUCAAUAUGUGAUACAGUUCUUAGGUGUAGUCCAAUCCACGUGUUGUGUACUGUGUAGACAGAUUAAAUUAUUAAAGCGAAAGAUCAAUGUUAGCUUUUAAAAUUCAACAUUUUAAGAUCCAAAGAUAUAUUUAAUCUGAGCACUACUGAUUCUUUACAGUCCUGUUGUUCUAUAAUGUGAUCAAAAAAUUCUAUCUUCAAUAAACAGGAUAUUAUUUGACUAAGAUUUGAAUUUCUUAUUCUUAUUAGAAAACUCAAUACCUGUAUGGGGGCAGAUGGGGGCAGAUGGUCGUACAUUUUCACCCUCUGAGUCCGUGGCUCAGAGGCAGAGCCAACCAUAGGUUGAGUUUGAUUGCUGCAAAC